AGAGCCUGACUAGCUGGCAUCGCAUCACAACGCGCAGGACACGCAUUGCCACAUCAGCCGUGAGCCACAUGGGUCCUCUCAUCUAACCCUCACAGCACUUCCUUGGUGGUCUCUCCUGGCAUCUUUUUGCCAGCCACCAUCAAAGUUCUUCAUCAUGCCGCUCAAAUCUCAGUCAAACGGCAUGUCUGAGGAUCUGGCCGCGUCGUCGGCAGCCAAGGAUUCGCCCGACCCUGGUGUCACGCAACCUCCAUCUCACGCCUCUAGCCCUGGCGCUGCAUCACAGGCCCCAACUGCUCAUGAUGCGUCCAAAGAUCUAGAUGCCCUGUCCGGACCGUCGCCAUAUGGCACACGAUCACGCAACAGAGGCCAGGCUCGUCCCAAUUAUGCCGAGGACAGCAUGGAUAUUGACAUGUAUGAUGCCGUAUCUGACAAGAAGGACGACGACUCAAAAAAGACCUCGCGCCAGGUCAGCAGUAGCGCGAGUGCAGUGCCAGAUGCACCACGCCCAACAGCCACCAGCACUCGGAAGAGUCUGCUCGGGGACGACAAGGCCAACGGCAGCCAGACACCAAGCGUCAACGGCUCAAGCACACCAAGCAAUGUGGCCACGCCUGCUGCGAGCGGCAACGUGAAGAAGCGCAAGGCUGCACAAUCCAAUGGCAACACCGCGCAAGCCUCAGCGCAAGGCGCGCCUAAUGCGACUGGUGGCAGCGCAAGCAGCAGGCGCGGUGGCGCACAGUCAUCAGUGCCAGCCAAGCCGACGGGGGGCUACCGAGAGAGCAACAUGCUCACGUUUGACGAUUGCGGUGGAAAAACCAAGCACGGGGUUCUUGUUGCGGACGAUGGAACCUCGAUCGCGCAGAAUGACCAUGUAUACCUUGUCUGCGAACCGCCCGGGGAGCCGUACUACCUUGGUCGCAUCAUGGAGUUCUUGCACGCGCAGAAUGACCGCACAAAACCCGUCGAGGCGCUGCGCAUCAACUGGUUCUACCGGCCCAAGGACAUUGGCAAGAAGGUCAACGACACUCGGCUGCUUUUCGCAUCGAUGCACUCAGACGUCAGCCCGCUCACGUCACUGCGUGGCAAGUGUCAGGUGCGGCACAAGGCGGAGAUCGCCAACCUCGACGAAUACCGGCAGACUCCCGACUGCUUCUGGUUCGAGAAGCUCUACGACCGGUACAUCCAGAAACACUACGAGGUGGUCCCGACGUUCCAGAUUGUCAACGUGCCCGAGAGGGUCAAAAAGGUGCUGGACGAGCGGUGGAAGUACAUCCUGGUGGAGCAGGGGAAGUCGAAAGAGUUUACCAGCGCCGCCAAAUUAUGCAAGAAGUGCGGCGGGUACUGUGCAAGGGACAACUCGGUUGACUGCGCCAACUGCAACAAAACAUAUCAUAUGCAAUGCGUGUCGCCUCCGCUGCUGAAAAAGCCGUCACGAGGUUUCGCCUGGUCAUGUGCUGCGUGCGCCCGAGCUCAGGAGCGCAAGCUGGAGGCGCGACACACUAACGGAUCACAUCCGGAUGUCGAAGAAGAAGAGCCGGUCGAUGAGGAGGAUGACGGUGCUGCGACAGGGAGGACCACCCCCGGCGACGCCGAAGACCUUCACCCGGCGGCAACGCCCGAACAGGUCUACCAGGCGAGCCUCUGGCAAUAUCGCUACUUGGGCACACAUUGUAAACCUGAGGAUGCACUCGACUAUGACGACCGCAUUUAUCCGCGUGCUGGCUCUCGCCUUGGUCCAAAGCACCAAGCGUACGUGCCGGUCUGGCCCGGCAGGCCGGUGCAACUGGUCAGGCCCCCAGACAACCGACGUGGUGGGAACAAGAACAAGCACAUUGCAAAGGACCUCGUCCCUUCUCUGGAGGAUCUAAACUUCAGCCGUGACAACCGUCCGAAAUGGGUGCAGGACGCACCAGCUGGGUACGUGGCGCGCGGAGAAGAUCUUCCAAAUGAUUACCCAAACAAUACUGCCAAGCUGCUUUGGAAGCCGCCGAGCGAGGUCGACUCAAUGAUUGAGGAUGAGGCCAUCGACAAGUUCAUGUCAGAUGCACAGUCCAAGAUCCCGGCCUUGGGUUUGCCGGAGCGGUCUACAAACCUCAUGGAUGUCGCGAGAGAUUUGUUGUUCGAGAAUGAUUUCGAUACAGCGGCAGCACUCAGGAAACUGCCCAAAGUGGACCGUGCAGAUUUUCGCGAGCCCGACCUCAGCUCAAAUGAGCUCAAAAAAUUCGAGGAAGCCGUUGGGAAGUUUGGCUCAGAACUCCUUUCCAUCACUCGAGCGACGAAACCCGUCAAGUACGGGAGAAUAGUGCGUUUCUACUACGUUUGGAAGAAAUCAGAGCGUGGCAAGCAGAUUUGGGGCAAUUAUCCCGGCCGCAAGGGCAAAAAGGAGGCGAAGAAAGCCGCAGUCACGGCCGAGAACAAGUUGCAGGACGACGUCGCUGACGACCGCGACGACUCCGCAUUUGACACCGACAAAGCAGUCAAGCACAGCAGAAACUUCAUGUGUCGCUUUUGCAAUACCAAGUCCUCGCGGCAAUGGCGCCGAGCGCCAAAUACCGGAUCAGCAGUCAUCAUCGAGAAUGGGACCAAGAGUAAGGACAAGGGCAUGCAGUACAUUGCCGCGCUUUGUCGUAGAUGUGCAGAACUGUGGCGAAGAUAUGCCAUCCAGUGGGAGGAUAUCGACGACUUAUCAAAGAGAGUCGCCGCUGCAGGCCCCAAAUCGUUCAAGAGGAAGAUCGAUGAGGACCUCCUCAAGGAGCUCUUGUCUGGUGAGGAACUCAUGAAUCUUACAGUUUAUGAUAGCACGACAGCAGUACCAGCACAGACCCGAUCUGCUCCUUCCUCUGUGGCUACCAACGGUACUGAAGCUCCACCUCGCAAGAAGCUCAAAACAACCAUCGAGCGUGACCCAUCCGAGAAACGCGACUCCGAGCCUAGCACGGGCCCCCAGAGAAAGAAGGACAAGGCUGUCGAAAAGCCAGCUCCGCCGCCUGCACCUGUGGUCCCCAAAGCCCGCAUCCUGCCAUGUGCUGUCUGUGGCGAGUUGGAUGGACCCGAGGACGCGAACUAUCUCUCGUGCAAAGAAUGCCGCCUGACAGUCCACAGAAGAUGUUAUGGCGUGACGGAGAACCGCGUUUCAACGAAAUGGACCUGCGACAUGUGCAUAAAUGACAAGAACCCGCAAGUCGCGAUCCAUUACAAAUGCGUGUUAUGUCCCGUUGAUGACACGGACUAUGAUGCUGUCCACGGGUCCAAGCUGACCGGCAAGAAGAAGAGCGAAAAGGAGAAGGACAAGGACCGAUCCGAGCGGGAAGCAGCCCAGAAGGCAGUCGACUACUGGCGUCAGAAACAACAGGACAUGGGUCGACCGAUUAAGCCGAGAGAACCACUCAAGAGGACAGCCGACAACAACUGGGUCCACGUCACCUGCGCAACUUUUACCCCCGAGGUCAAAUUUGGCAAUGCUCGAGCUCUCGGGCCUUCGGAAGGUAUCCCAUCAAUCCCUCGCGCCAAGUAUGAGGAGAUUUGCAAAAUCUGCAAAUGCAAAGAUGGCGCAUGCGUGGCGUGCCAUCAAUGCCGUGCUCCAGUACACGUUGAAUGUGCUCACCAAGAUGGUUAUCUGCUUGGAUUCGAAGUCACCCCAGUCAAAGGGUCACGGCGUGAUCAACACAACAUUGUGACCAUUAAUGGAGAGACAGGCUUCAUGUCUGCAGCAAUCUGGUGCAAAGAGCACUUCCCCGUCAAAACUGUGGUUCACAGCAUGCAUGAAAUAGUUGCCCAGCCAGAGUCGGAAGGUCCGGAGCCGGCGUUGCCUCUCAACGCCUUGCAGCUCUAUGUCCACAACUACAAACAAGCCGACCUUACACUCACCGGCACUGUGAGAAAGGCCAACUUGAUCACGCAAGCCUUGAAGAAUCCAGCUACCGCACCGGUCGCGAACACCAGCCGACGACAGUCAACCACCGUAGCGUCAUCACAGAGGGCCUCAUCCACGGAUCAUCAAGUCGACUCGGCCACUUCAGUUUCCCAGGAAGGCGAAAAAGUCUGCAUCACUUGCGGGAUCGACGUCAGCCUGAAAUGGUGGCCGAUCGGCAAAGAUCAGGAGAAGGCCCUCGUGAAUGGUCACAUGGACACUCUUGGGAGCGAGGCGCAGAAGUUUGUUGCCCAGCGCGGCUAUCGAUGCCAUAAGUGCAAGAAGACAAACCGACAACCAGCGCCUCACGUUCCGCCAUCGCAACCUGCAGCGCUGCCUGCGCCAAUGGACGUGGAGCCUCUCAUCGAGCCAACAAGAGCCACAUCUGCGCUGCACACCGCUCUUGCCAGCCCGCCUGCUCACGUUACGCAUGCUGUCAACAGGAUGUCAGAUCUCGGAAGCCCAUGGGCAAACAGACCUCCUGCGGUCCAGGCACCAGCGGCUCACGUCCCUCUGCCGCCAGUGGCUGCACCACCGAUUCAUAUGCCCACCGGGGGGCCUCCAUCGACCAUGCCUUUGGCCAUGCCUCAUCCAGGCCCGUCGCCCAUGAUUCCUCCAGCAAUGCCGAGUGCGCCUCAUCACCAGUACGGUCCGCCGAGCACAGCCUAUGGUGACUGGCACCGAAGCCCGCCAGCGCCACAGAUGAACGGACCACCGCUCUCGGGGUCCAUGCAGCACAACCACCUCCGUGACCUGCGCCCUCCACCGAUAGCUCCUAUGUCUCAUCACCCCGGUUCGUCCUUACACGGGCAGCCGCUGCUCAACGGGAUUCCGCAUUCUCCUCCACGACGUGCUCCACAGCCGCCAUUACCAGGCGGCCCAUCAUAUAUGUCGCCCUAUCACCAUCAUACACCAUCGUCAAUGCAUAGUCUGACAAGUGGCGGACCUCCUCCACCGCUUCGGCCAUCAGACCACUCCUUCUCGCAGGGGCUCCUCCCCCAGCGGGCUUCAUUCACAACACCGCACGCCAGUCCGCCACUUUCUCGCGACCCUCGGCCGUUGAGCCGUGACCCAAACCACAGCAACAGUUCAGUUCCACGACCAAACGACGGCCGGCCAGCAAGUGGCGCAAGCGCCAGCCCGUCACUGCGCAAUCUUUUGUCUUAAUUGCAUCUCAUCCCAUUUACUUUCACGCAAGCAGCGACUUUUAUCAGCACAAAGUAUUAACGACCUCAGUCUUGCAAGCCGCAUUGGCUCGUGUGUCAAUAAAAUUAUGGUGUUCAGAGGGAUUCAUUGUGGAUAAAAUUACAUUGGCGUGGGUGGGAGAACAUUGUGUAGAACUGAUCGCAUUUUCUGUGGCGCGGAGAUAGUUGAUACCGAUGAACAAGAUUCAUUCCAAUAAGUAAACUUUGUGGGAAAUGGUCAAUGC